AGGCGGCGAGCGCGCGCCGGCCGCGGUCUGCCACCUGGCCUUCUCGCGGUGCGGGCAGUACGCCGCGGCGAGCUUCCGCGGCGGCCUCGCCGAGAUGCUCCACUUCCCGGGGCUCGCGCGGGCCCUGGUGCUGCAGGCGCCGCAGCAGGCGCCGCGCCGGGGCCCCGGGCCCGCCGCAGGGGGCGGCCAGGAGACCGUGCACGCGAAGGCGUUCUUCGUGUGGCGGCCUGGCGACCCCUCCCGCGCCUACGACAGGAACAUCUACAUCGUGAGCCACGCCGCGAGCGCCCGGGAGCUGGUCCUCUACGAGGUGUACGGCCUGGGGGACGUCUGGGCCAAGAGCUCCCGCGCCGAGUUCGUGCUCCCGGCGGUGUGCCAGGCCGCGGGCGGGGAGAUCACAGACUUCGCCGCGCACCCCUCCCAGCUCUACCUCGUGGUGGCCGCCGUCCUCCCCGCCGCGGACACCAGGUCGGUCGCGCUGGUGUUCGACAUGUGGAGCGGGGAGCUGCUCAGCUCGUGCGCGCUCUUCGGCUCGGCGCUCACGACCCCGCUGCUGCCCCUCAGGCCGUCCCUCUGCGUCGACCCCAGCGGGGCCUUCCUGUUCUGCGCCUCGUCCCCCACGGCCAUCGGCGCGCUCGGCGUCUCCGGGCAGCCGGAGCAGGCCGGCGCCGCGAGCGUG